GUGACGCAGCUGACUUUACCCCCGUCUGCAUGUUACCGGUUACAAGAGUUGGCUUCCCCGACGACCCUCACAGAUGCUCCUCCUCUGCUUCAAGUCUUUUCUUUAAUGGACUAGUCUCAUCCCUGUGCGUGCGGACCAUGUGAUAAAAGCCCCAUGUAGGUAGCCAAGGCGCAGGGGGGGGGGGGGGGUGGGGGGUAAAUAACUUCUGGCCCUUCACUCUACUCUCUGUGAGAGAUCACUGCACGCUUCUCCUUGACCUUUCACUGAACAGGUUCCGGGAGCCGCUGUCCUCCGAUGACUCCGUGAGUCAGACGUGUGUCUUCAUACAGUGAUUUGUCUGGACGUGUGCGUGUUUUACCAUCUGUGAUCGCCAUAUCACGGAGCCCGAGUGCUUCAAAGCGGGCCUCCCCCUCAGAACGUGUAACGCGAGAGGUUAUUUUACUGCCAAUGCAUCAUGCAUGGCAUCAUGGCUUAAAUUAUUGAUAUGUCAAGUAACUGUUUUCAGCUGUUUUACUCCUCUAAAAGUAAGCGGGGGGGGGGGGGGGGGGGGACUGGUUUUUUUUUUUGGGAGCCUCUCAUCUCAAAUGCAAGUUUUCUUGACGGAUUAAAGAAUCAAACCUCUUUGUACUGUACCAAAAAUAACUGAUCUAUCCAGCUGAGUGAAACGCAAUCGUAGGGUCGGACUCCGCAAGUACUAGUACAAGUAUUGCUGCUACUUUGUUGACAAAACCAUCAUUUUAAUUAUUUUUAUUGUAGACCUGAAAGGAUUAACUGGAUUUUGUUUUAAUGAGAGUAUGUUUAAGUGUAACAUGCAGUAAUAGGCGAUGUCUUGAGUGACUGUUGGAGGUUUAACAUGUUCAAAGAUGAAUCCAUUAACAAACUUGAAACUGCGAAAUUAAUUUAUAGCCCAUCUGCUCUCUGUUUACAGCUGUAUUUACGUGCCUCUUUUUUUAAUAAUCCAUCAUUUUUUUCUUUUUUUAUAUGGAUAUAUAUUUAUAUUGUGGAUAAAGGAGUUUCUGUUGACUUUGUGUUCAUUUCUUGCAAAAGACAAAAGUGAGAUGCCACCUGUGCGUGUAGAUGUGUGUGUGUGUGUGUGUGUGUGUGGUCCCCUGAACAGGAUAAACCUGGUGGAGCAUAUAGCUGCAGGGGAUGUUUCUCCCUCCCUCUGCGCCAUGGUAACCGAUGCUAAGCACACACCUGGUUUCUACAAAAAGAAGAAAUGAUGGAGGGAUGGAAGAGAAUGAGAGAGGAUCCAUAGGUGUGCUUUGAGUUGGAAUGAACAAUGGCGCGGAUCUUUGGUGCUCAGGCCGAGGGUAUGCUCUGGUUUCGGCUACUGUUGCUGUGCGUCGUGGAGUUGGAGCUGGGAGCCGGGCUUUCCACUUUCCAGGGUUUCUAUCUUCCACCUGCGAACGGGUCGCUUCUCACACCUGCCCGGAGGACAGACGGGGUCCUGCGUACCAUUGACCGGAUUUACCACGGAGGAGGGAAGGUGGGCUACCUGGUGUAUCUGGAUGGGAGCAGGUUUCAGCUGGACUUGGAGAGGGACGAGUUGGUGCUGUCGCAUCAUUUCAGCCCCCAGUAUGUGCUCGCUAUGAUGGGGGACAGCCACGCGACAAUGCAGCGGGAGUGCGUGUACCGCGGUACAGUCGACUCUAACCCUGAGUCCCUGGCCGUCUUUAACCUCUGCCGCGGGGGUCUCGAGGGCUUCUUCGCUGUGGACCACGCGCGCUACACCAUCGCGCCCAUCAUCAGGGCGAAGGGACAGGAGCACGACAUGCGCGCGCUGCAGGACAAGGACGCAGAGAGCGCGCUCCACGUGUUUACGCGCGAGAGUUUUAGCUUCGAGGCCAUGCGCGAGGGGCGCGAGAGCUGCGGCACGCGCGACGGGCGCAAAGGACGCGGGGACGCGGCGGGGAGGCGCCGGGUCAGGGGUCGCGGGAAGGGGAGACGGGACGGAGAGGGGAGCGCGCGUGAGCGGACGCGGUGGAGCCGGCUUGCCAGAGCGGCUGCCCUGGAGCACGGCGCGCGGAGCAAGCGGUCGGUCUCUCGCGCCAGGCACGUGGAGCUGCUCCUGGUGGCUGACGAGACCAUGGUCCAGAAAUACGGCAAGGACUUAAACCACUACCUGCUCACACUCGCCGCCAUCGCCUCCAAGCUGUACGGCCACGCGAGCAUCGAGAACCCCAUCCGGCUGUCGGUGGUGAGAGUGGCCGUGGUCACCGAGAAGGAGAAGGGCCUGGACGUGUCCAAGAACGCGGCGGCCACGCUCAAGAGCUUCUGUAAGUGGCAGAACCAGCAGAACCAGCUGGACGACGACCACCAUCAGCACCACGACGCCGCCAUCCUCUUCACCAGGCAGGACCUCUGCGGCCACCACUCUUGCGACACCCUCGGCAUGGCCGACGUCGGCACCAUCUGCUCCCCGGAGAGGAGCUGCGCCGUCAUCGAGGACGACGGGCUGCACGCCGCGUUUACCGUGGCGCAUGAGAUAGGUCACCUGCUGGGUCUGUCGCACGACGACUCCAAGUUCUGCGAGGAGCGCUUCGGCGUGAACAGCGACAAGCGGCUCAUGUCCUCCAUCCUCACCUCCAUCGACGCCUCCAAACCCUGGAGCCGCUGCACCUCGGCCACCAUCACGGACUUCUUCGACGACGGCAACGCCGAGUGCCUGCUGGACCCUCCCCGCCAGCCCCUGCUCGGCCCCGAGGAGCUCCCGGGCCAGAGCUACGACGCCGUCCGUCAGUGCCGCCUGGCCUUUGGCCCCGAGUACACCGUCUGCCCGGGCAUGGACGUGUGCUCGCGCCUGUGGUGCGCCGUGAUCCGCCAGGGCCAGAUGGUGUGUCUGACCAAGAAGCUGCCGGCCGUGGAGGGAACGCCGUGCGGGAAGGGACGCAUCUGCCUGCAGGGGAAGUGCGUGGACAAGACCCGCAAGAAGCACUACUCGGCGUCCAACCACGGCAGCUGGAGUUCCUGGGGUCCUUGGGGUGGAUGCUCCAGGACUUGCGGAGGCGGGUUGCAGUUCGCCCAGCGCCUGUGCAACAACCCGCCGCCGCGUAACAACGGCCGCUACUGUGUGGGAAAGAGAGCCGUUUAUCGGUCCUGCAAUGUCACACCGUGUCCGACAUCAAAUAAGAGUUUCCGGCUGGAGCAAUGUGAGGUGCGCAACGGUCCCCAGACGGAUCCGAAAGGGGUGAAGACGUUUGUUGAGUGGGUGCCCAAGUACGCCGGAGUCCUCCCCAAGGACGUGUGCAAGUUGACCUGCAGAGCAAAAGGGACAGGAUACUACGUGGUGUUCUCCCAGAGGGUGGUAGACGGCACAGAGUGUCGCCCGUACAGCAGCUCGGUGUGCGUGAGGGGGAAGUGUGUACGGACCGGCUGCGACGGCAUCAUCGGCUCCAAGCUCCAGUUUGACAAGUGCGGAAUUUGUGGAGGGGACAGCACAGGAUGCAUACGCAUCGUGGGCAAUUUCACCAAGAAGAGCAAAGGCUACACUGACGUGGUGAAGAUCCCUGCAGGCUCCACCCACGUCAAGGUUCGCCAGCACAAGGCCAAGGACCAGACCCGCUACACCGCCUACCUGGCCCUCCGCCGGCCCAACAAUGAGUACCUCCUGAACGGAAAGUUCAUGAUCUCCACCUCCGAGACGAUCAUCCCGCUCAACGGUUCUGUGCUCAACUACAGCGGCUGGAGCCAGCGGGACGAGUGGCUUCACAGCAUGGGUCCCGGGGCCCUCCGGGAGGCCCUGGUGGUCCAGAUUCUAGCGACAGACUCCAAAAAGCCUCUGGAUGUCCGCUACAGCUUUUUCACGCCCAAGCGGACAGCCCCACAGCAGCCCUCCCCUCUGCUCGUCCAACACCUGAAGUCGACCCCUGGUCAGAGCACCACCAGAGUCUCUAGCACAACCACCACAACCACCACCAUAACCGGCAGGACCACCACUACAACUUCCUCCGCUCCCUCCGUCCUGGUCCCGGGGCCGCUGACAACUCCGGGUCCCUCCACCCCAGCUCCCGGGCCCCGUUGGGUGACGGGCUCCUGGAUGACGUGCUCCAGGACUUGUGACACCGGCUGGCAGAGCCGGACUGUGCAGUGCAAGGACCAGGAUGGGAAACUGUCCAAAGGCUGCACGUUAGGGGCACGGCCCUCUGCCUUCAGACACUGUCUGGUGAAGAAAUGUUGAAGCGGAAGGAGUUCAAUGUGUACAUCUGAUAAAAGGGUCUCAAGUGCUGGAUGUGGGACUCUGGACCGAUCCAUUUAAGAACCUUAAACAGAACUGUGUCUGUUGGCUGAAAACGCGUGGACCAGAUACCCAGAGACAGAUUGUCGUGGAUGUACCCGACCCGACCCCAGACGAAGAAUGUCUGGAAUCAUAGUAGCUAUGCAGAUGUUGGACUCUGUGAUAGUUGCAAGUAACGCCGUGGCGAAGCUAACGACUUAAAUUGCAUGUCAUUUCCACAUGGACAGUAGAUGAUUGUCUUUACUUCAGCCUCUGGCCCUUGGAGGCCCAGCGUGUGUUGCCCUGUAUUGGCAUGCCUGUUUUUUUUUUUUUUUUGCUUUUCUAAUCACUGUGGGAAUGUGGACUUUUUGUCUUUUGCCAUGUCAGUGUGUCCGAGACAAGAUGCCCAUCAAUGGGAAGCACCGGAAGUCCUCAUGUCUGCCUGUGAAAUCAGUAACUGCUCAGGAUGUUUAUUUCAUUGACCAAUUUGAGUGCAUCCUUGCAGCACUAUAACUAAAACAGUGGGGUCCCUAUACCUUCUGGUCUUUGUCAUCCUGUAAAUACUUUCAUGACCCAGGCCGGAAUGUGUUAUUGACAGGCAAUCGGGGCUACCCAUAUUCCCCAACUGUAAGAGUUCUGUGUCUUUAUACGACUGAUCUAUCCAACGGAAAAACUGGCAGAUCAAGAUGGGCAAAUUGACCAGUUCGUUGUCCUUACUGGUGAGCAAGAAUGAAUGGCUCAAGUUCCACAAGUCCUCCCCCCGAGGACACAAGUCACCUGCGCAGCGUUGACUUGACACUAGCAUGGUGUGAGGGGAUGGACGCAUACGCCGCCACCCCCCCCCCCCCCCCCCCGGCGACAAACUCCACAACAAUUGACAAAGGGGCGCAUUAACCUUGACACUCCUUAACUUUAUGGAGGCUAAAGAUGACUCACAGGUUCGGGGGCCAGGCCUGAUUGUUUUUUGCGUGCGGAUGUGUGUGCGUCGUUGUGUUCAUAGUGUGUGUGUGUGUGUGUGUGUGUUCAGUGCACAUUCAUCCAGGCCUGUGUUUAAAGCACACCCAACAUGUACCGUGAACAUGUGCCCUCUUGAGGCUUCCUCACUUGGUUCCGUUUGGAUCAGACUUUAUGCUGGUGCUGGAAGGAUAGCGGCCAUCUUGUUUUGUCGUGGCGCCGAAUAUCCGUUUUUUGGUCUGUUUAUCUGUUUAGUGUGACAAUGUGAGCCCCUGAUACUCGCAACGACAGCGAUGGCGAUACUAAUGCCGUCAAUAAUGUCUUUAUGCAAUUUACUUUUUUGUCUUUUCAUUUCUCAUUCUCUGUUUUACUACUUUACAUUCUGCAUUUGCAAAUUAUUGUUUUAUCUGUUUCGAACUCUGAUGGGUGGUGUUUGUCAAAUUUCAAAAAACAUUCAGAAUGUGCCACAGAGUAGAUGGUUUAAAGGGUCAGUUGACCCAAAAUACACAGAAUCGAGGAAGCCCCCAGUUGAUAAACAGCAUUCACCUUUAUAACUGCUUUCUAAAAAUGGCAUUUACCAUUUAAUGAAAAAACAAUGCUUAAUGGUAACUGGACCGUACCUGUAUUUUCUAGUCUUCCAACCACUCAAAGUGCUUUUACACUACAUAUUGUCACUCACCCAUUCACUUCAGACAAUCCACAGACUUCACCGUCAAUCAAUCACGUGUAGGUACUUCCUGCUAAAGAAAUAGCGCAGAUGCUCUGGGACCCUGGUUGUGGAAAUUGAUAUUGCAGCUGUUCUAAAGAAACUGUGUGACAAAGUAUACUUGAUUAAUUUUCUCGCUAAGAAAUAGAUCUGAAGAGUGAUACCAUGCUCAUUCCUUAGACUAGAGCCUGGAAAUAGUUAGCCUAGGUCAGCAUUAAUGCUUGUAGCCAAGGGAAAGGGUUUGUGCCCAAAAGAAUGAAAAAAAAACAGCAACUACAAUCUCCUAAUACAGCUCAAUAUAGUUUGCUUAAUCAGAGCGACAAACAGAGCGUAAUAACAACAAUUUGCCCAUUUCGUGCUAAACUAACACUCCUGGCUCUAGCUUCAUAUUGAACAGACAUAUAUGAGUGUGGUGUCAAUCUUUUCUUACUCUCAGGAAAGUUAAUCUAAAUGUAAAAUGUAUUUUUUUACCAAGUAGAAAAACAACAACAAUUUACCAGUAGGUGUAAGUGAGGAGAUUUACUUUUGUGGUUAUUUUUGGGGAACUUAGUCCUGAAUAUCCUGCACCAAAUCUCACAAUAUCAUCCUUUGAUUUGGUUAUUUAAGGACACAUUAAGAGUGUAUGCAACAUACAUUACAUAUCAAAUGUACUUAAAUACAUACCUGCCUAUAAUUGUUUACAUUACAUUUUCCUGUGUGGCAAGCCUCCCCAUCUGGCACCUGUGCUGGAAAAAAACACAACUGUAAGGAAGGUCUUCCGAAAGUACAUGACCCGGGUCAACAUACCACUCACCCUCCGUUCUCUCUUCUUGCCUCACACAUUCACAUUUAUUUACACAAUGUAGAUAUUUUUGUACAAAGAGUAGAUCUUUCAUAUACAUGUUAGUAAUUCAAGCAUAUUUACACAGAAACACACACAUACAGGCAUAGAGAAAUAACCCAUCAGUUCCAAAAGCAUUUAAUGGUUUCAGAAACCCUGACACACACACACACACACACACACACACAUACAAUCUACUCUGACUCUUCCAGUGGGGAAAGAAAACACAGCACUGAACUUGUAAUUUAUUGUGUGUACAACUGGUGUGUGUGUGAAUAAAGAAAACAAUAAGAUGAGUUUUAUUUAUUUUAGUAAUUUUGUAUCAAAUUAUUAUUUGACUUAAGAAAAUGACUCUGCAGAAUCAUUCCUUUGUGAGAAUAUAGUGUUUCUUUUCUAGUCAUCCACAUGAAUAUAUGUACAUAAAAUCUAUAUAUUUAAA